AUGUCGCCCGUCCCACCAGCCAUUCUCCAAGCUCUAUCUCUACCAUCCGACCCAUCCAAAAUCAGUCUCUCCACCUCCAGCCUAGGCUCAGGCUUCACAAGCACAGGAACCAUCCGUGCGAAAAUACCCCAAAAAGACGGCACCGAGGAAGAACGAAAAUACUUCGUAAAAACCUCAGCAGAUGGCCCUGCCGCCGAAGAAAUGUUCCGCGGCGAGUACGAGUCGCUCAAUGCGAUCGCCAGCUCCGUGCCAGGCUUCUGUCCUCGAGCUCUAGCCUGGGGCCCGCUAGACCUCAGCAACAGCAACAGCAAGAACUUCUUCCUUGCAACCGAGUAUCUUGAUCUCGGCUGCGCAAUGGGCCGCAGUUCAGGCGACGAAACAAACCCCACCACUCUGGCGUCCCGGCUUGGUAAAUUACAUAGCACGCCUGCACCCCCGGACCCAGAGACGGGUGCAUAUCGAUUUGGAUUUAAUGUUCCCACUUUUUGUGGGGAUACGAAACAGCCAAAUAGGUUCUACGAGAGCUGGGCUGGGUUUUAUGCUCAUGAACGAUUGCUUACUAUCUUGGCUACGUCUGAGGAGCGCAAUGGGAGGGACAGGGGACUCCGAGAGCUUGUUGAGAAGACGGCUUAUACGGUUGUGCCCCGUUUGCUAGGCGAUGGGCAUUUGGGGUAUGAUUCUGAUGGUGAGGGCGAGGGUAUUAUGCCGGUUGUUGUGCACGGGGAUCUGUGGAGUGGGAAUGCUGAUCGAGGUCGCAUUGUGGGUAGUGACCGGGGGGAUCAACUCGGGGAUGUGGUCUAUGAUCCUUGUGUUUGUUAUGGGCAUAAUGAGUUUGAGUUGGGGAUUAUGCAUAUGUUUGGUGGGUUUGGGGCUCGGUUCUUUGAUCAGUAUCAUCGGGUUGUACCGAAGACUGCGCCGGUGGAGGAGUAUGAUGAUCGUGUGCGGUUGUAUGAGUUGUGA